AUGCAGACAUCGAGAAGACCGACUACCAUCCCAUUGGACGACAUGGUCUACCCAAACCAUCUUCCCGGAAGUGCAGGUUUCCAGAUCAAACGGUUCCUUGCAGCACACAAUGUUUCCCCUUACUUAGGAUACAUUGAGCCUACCGAGGACUUGCGCCACAUUAUUUUUGUGCAGCUCCAUGUGCGGAUGCUGGUGGAUAUGAUGGAGGAGACAAAUUUCACCAAGAAUAUUGCGCCACCUACAAUGGUUAUCUCUACCAUCUUCACGAAGGCCGUUUCCUGA